GACCCUAGAGUAGAAUUCGGCGUACACAUUUCAGUCUGCAGGAGUACUUUACGCUGUUUACGAUCAUUCAUUUGUAUUAUUUAAUUUGGCCAGAGAUGAUUGAUCUUAACUGUUAAGGUUCAUCGUGAAGAUAUUUUCGAAACCACAGAGAAAGACCUGGAUGACCCAUAAACAGUGUGGGGUUAAUUAAGUUUUCACGCAUUUGCAGUUUGCUAUUGUUUUUCUUGAUAACAUUCGUUUCUGGGAUUUUGAGUUGUCACGAUCUCGGCCAUAAGAGAUGUCCAACCACAGACCAGUGAAUCGCGAGAUUGUCAAGCCAGCUCACUGCGUGAACUUAUUUGGGACAUCUUCAAGUCCCGCAAUCAAACUGUGGUUACAGCGGGAGCUGCAGCGAGUUCAGAAUGUCGACGCCGAGAGGAUGCAGGAACGGUAUGGAUAUAAUCCUCAAACCAGUGUUCUCCUGCCUGAAAGCGGCGCGGAAUUUGGUAAAACCGUGCAUCGGUGGAAAGCGAACGCAUUGAAAAGUCACAGCAGCCAUUGUGGGCCGUGUCAGGACAAAGGCUGUGAUUUCGCCACAGAAUACUCCAAAAAACUCUCAGUUGAAUCGAUCAGCAUCGAUGCAAAUGCCGAUGACUACAUCAAAGUUGUGGAUAAUAAGAAACGUCCGGUAAACUCAACGGGAAAGCCCGUUGCUAAGCGAACGACCAGCUCCGGUGGACGCUCUUUGAGAGAAUUUGCUACUGUUCGAAAGUCAGCGUUUGGCAGCGGUCCCAAAUCGAAACUUCACUCGAAGCCGAGCGCCGACGUGCCAAGCGGUAUUCCUUUGGCGAAAACCAAUAACCGCUCCACGCCUUCCCUAGAAUGAUUCAAAUUAACAAUUACUGUGGAUCGGUAAAUUGCAUUGCUGAAAUAGAAGUCAAGACUAUACAGAAUUUAAAGAGCGAUAUCGGACUGGCAGAAGGGAAAGUGUGGACUUCCUGAAGCUGUUAGCGAUCGGUGUCUUGCGGUUGCAGGUGACAGUGUGGAAAUUUAUCGGCUGCAGAGAUCCGAGUUUCUUGAUUACAGUAUAUGAUUGUAUUUACUGCGUUUUAAAGUCCUAUUGUUUUACUUUUGUUACAACAUUUACAAUAAACAUGAAUGCUGUUUACAACAUUGACAUUGAUGAAAUCAUGAAUGGUUCUGUGGAGUUAUUUAGGCAACUGGUUUCGGUAUGAGUAUCUUGUCUUUUUUUUUGAAUUGUGAAUGGUUUUGUAAAUGGCAGUUAUUAGCUCUUGUUAAUGAAGAUUAAAAGA